GCGCCGCCGCUGGACUGCCUACAUAUCUACUCGAGAGCGCGCAGGAGCCUGACACACACACACUCUCAUUAGUACACACUCGAGGAGGUGUGUUUUAGUGUUUGAGCGUUGCAUUGAGCAGGUUCCCGUUCGGAUGAGGAGCGAUUCGAGCGGAAUAAGCGGCGUCGGUCUUUGAUGAGGAUGAUGAUGAUGAAGAGCGCGAGAGACCUGUGAUCACGUUUCAGCAUCAGUCUCUGAGAUGUUCAGCUCCAGCAGCACUAUGACCGAUGGAGAUUACGACUAUCUGAUCAAACUCCUGGCUCUCGGAGACUCCGGAGUGGGCAAGACCACCUUCCUCUACCGCUACACCGACAACAAGUUCAACCCCAAAUUCAUCACCACCGUGGGCAUCGAUUUCAGGGAAAAGAGAGUGGUUUAUACCACAAACAGCCCCAAUGGAACCACAGGGAAGACGUUUAAGGUUCACUUGCAGCUCUGGGACACGGCGGGACAGGAGAGGUUCAGGAGUUUGACCACAGCGUUCUUCAGGGAUGCGAUGGGUUUCCUGCUCAUGUUCGAUCUGACCAGCCAGCAGAGCUUCCUCAAUGUCAGGAACUGGAUGAGUCAGCUCCAGGCAAACGCGUAUUGUGAGAACCCAGAUAUUGUUCUUGUGGGUAAUAAAGCUGAUCUGAAUGACCAGAGAGAAGUCCAGGAGAAACAAGCGAAGGAACUAGCAGACAAAUACGGAAUCCCCUACUUCGAGACGAGUGCGGCGACCGGAGCGGAGGUGGACAAGGCCGUCCUGACGCUGCUGGAUCUGGUGAUGAAGAGGAUGGAGCAGUGUGUGGACAAACCUUCGGCGGACGCACAAAACACCGACGGCAGCAGCAAACUGGACACCGCAGCGGCCGACGGGAAGAAGUGUGCGUGUUAAAGCAGCGACGGCACCCAUCCGGAUCCUCCUGGCCUACUGUAUUACAGAUGUGUGUGGACUGAGUCUGUGAGAGCUGUGGGACUGCCUCGUCAUCUUCAAUAACCCGUCCACAUUUAGCCCAGAUUAUUACUGUCAGGAAAUGCAUCUGAAAUAUUCAUAUAGAGAUAAAAACCUGAUGUGGCCAUAAUCUGGAGUUGGACACUCAUUAUCUAAAUGAAUGUACAUAAAAACUCAGAGAGAGCUGAACGACGUUCAUACACUACCAGACAGAAUUUAGAAUAAUUAAGAGUUUUUAGUGUUUCUGAAAAAAAAAGUAUCUUCUGCUCUCCACAGCAGCUUUUAUUUGGUUAAAAAUAUAGUCAAAACAGUACAAAUUUGAAAAAUUAU